GGAAUCAUAUUUUACAUAUGAAUCAGAAGAAGAGAAAAACAUCAAAACUGGCGAUAAUACAACUUCAUCUGAAAUUCUUAAAUGUGAAUUCGAAUCUUAUUCAGAACAUGAAACUUCUAUUGCUACUACUAUGGGUUCUGAAUCAAGAAUAGAAAUUUCUUCUAACAAUGAUACUUUGAAUUCACUUGAACAAGCUCCAAAGUGCACACAUCAACAACAAAGUUUACAACAAUCAAGUAAAUUACAAAAAAAUCAAUUACAUAAUGUGCAAAAUAAUCAUAUUCAAGAGGAUCAAUUAGAUAUGAUGCAAGAAAAUCACAUUCAAGAGAAUCAGUCAUUUAUUAUGCAAGAACAUUACAUCCAAGAGAAUCGAUUACAUAACAUAAGAGAUGAUUCAAUUAUUACACAAAAUUGCUCUGAAAUUAGAAAACUAUUUGAAACUAUUACUUCCAAUAUUAUAUUACAAAUUCCACCUACUGAAAAGCCGAUUACUUUAAAUUUAAAUCUUACAUUUGGAAAAUAA